AUGGCUAAUUAACCAUUUAAAAUGUUUUCAUUUUAAUCACAAGACCCUAAAAUUGAGGAUUCAGAUGAAAAGAAUAAUUAAGAAUCUGAAGAAUAGUAAAGAAAUUAAACAUUUUUAAUGAUUUGGAAUACUAAACCAAAUCCUAAUUAUAAACUUUAGUUUUAUAAUUAUUAUUCUGAUUAAGUUGGAAUAGAGUUUUCUUUAAAAACCUAUAAUAAAUUCACUACUUAUCACAAUCCAAAAUUAAAACAUUAUUUAAGGUAUUGAAAUAGUACAAUCUUUAGAUUUUCUUCAAAAUUAAUUCCAGAUUAAAUUGAAGCUACAAAAAAUCUAUUUUAUAAUUCUUUUAUGUCAGAUCCCUAUGAAUCAUAAAUAAUAAUGAAACCAUAUAUAGGCUAAUAUUCAUAGUAAUCUGAUUAUCAUUUUUUUAAAAGAAGUUGA